GUGAAAUAUCGGAAAGGAGAUGAGAUUGGAGCACAAAAAGGGGAAAGAGAGAUAGAUAGAGUAGAGAAGCCAAGAGUGGUGCAGCAGCGUGAGGAAGAGAAGAACAAGGAAAGAAAGAUAAGCUAAGCAAAGCAUAGCAUAGCACAGCAGCCCCCCUAAGAUCUCUCUGAUAAUUGUGAUAACAGCAAAAGAGGAUCUUUUGUGGACACAAUCAAAUUUCUGGGGUUGAAAAAAAUCUCUUUUUCCCUGUCUGCGAAUAUGGGGUGUAUGUGAUUAUGGUUGUUGAUGAGAGGGUGUAGCUGAUUCCGCGGAAAGAUAGGAUUUUGGUGUGGAAUGGACAGGAUUAGAGAAGCCAGAAGAAGCACUAUGGCCGCAAAUGGAUUAACCAGACGAAGACACAGGACUAACAACAGUCUUAGAGACUCACCAGAGGAAGAUGGAGCCAUGGAGCUGCAAGAACCAUCCAGGUUGCGAGAUCGAGGAGGUAGUGGGAAAAAGGAUCGAGAUCGUGAAAGGGAGAGGGAAAGGGAGAGAGAUCGAUUGGGUCGAAGCAAGAAGAGAAGAGGAGAUAGGUUGAUGCAUAGCAGCAGAGAAGAUGGCGGAGAAGACACUUCUGAAGAGAGUAUCAACGAUGAGGACGACGACGACGAUGAAGACGGUGGCGGCGGCGGCAGCGGCAGCGGUAGCGCUUCAGUGAGAAUGCUUCCGCUGAACCCCUCUUCGCUCUCCAACCAGCAUCAUCGGAAGAGCUUCCCUCCGGCGAAAGUUUUAAGACCAACGCCGCCGACGACGUGGAAGGCCGCCGAUGAGAUGAUCGGAGUAUCCGUCCCUAGGAAAGCACGCUCGGCCUCUACGAAGAGGUCGCACGAAUGCUGGGCUUCGAGCGGUGGCGGUAUCGUGGCGGAACAAAAUCACCGACAGCCGUCGACCUCCCCGGUGAGGGCGGCUGCGCCGGCCUCGCCUUCGUCGUCGAACGCCUCUGUUAGGAAGAAGAUAAAGCAGAAUGGCGGAGCCAAGUUUCGACCACCCAAAACGACGACGUCGUCGUCGUCCAAGCCGUCGUCUUCAGCGCAGGACGAGAUCGAAAUAGAGAUCGCGGAAGUGUUGUACGGCAUGAUGAGACAACCUCAAGGACCGUCGAAACAAGAAAUCAUCGCCAACGAUUCCACCAAGUUCGAUUCCCGAGAAUCUAAUAAAUCUUCCACCGAUGCCAAGUCACCGAUCUCAAACCCACAAAAUUCAAGCUCUUCCGCCACACCCAUGUCCGCUGUUGCUCCGAAGAGGAAAAGACCGCGACCGGUAAAGCACGAGGAUGAGAAUCCGGCGAGUUUGAUCGUUCGGAGCAGUCCCAUUUCGUCAACGACGAAGGCCGAGAGCGAUCAGCCUUCAAAGAUGGAGACUUGUUCUUCCAAUUUGGAUAAGAACAACGUGGGGUCUGUUUCCGAGAAUCUGGCGCAUUCUCAGACAGUUCAAAUUAUGCCGGAGCCGGUGAAGCCGGAGAACAACGAGUUUAAGCCGGCGGCGACGGAGGAAGCGGAGAAGCAGAAAGAUGUGGGGUUGAGUGAGGUGGUGGUGUCUCCUCAGUUGCCCAAGAAGGAAUCUCCUGUGCGACAAGUAGCAGAUGAUGACCGUGAAGAUGUGAAAGCGACUAAAGCGAAUCACUCAAUAUCCGAGAGUGAUAAUCAGCGAGAAGAGAAGUUCCAGAUAGAUCUGAUGGCGCCACCUCCUCCAUCGAGAUCUUCUCCGGAAAGGGAUGUGGAGAAUAAUAAUAAUAUGGUGAUUGACGCAGAAAAGGAAGUGAAGCCUAUGACGAAGGAGGACGAGAAAGUGCUCAGAAUGAACAAGGAAGUAGCAAUGGUUAUAGAAAUGGAGAAAGUGAAAGCAAAAGCGGAAGAAACUGAUUCGCAGAAACCAAGUUUUGUGCAGAAAGAAAGAGGAAUUGACUUGCAGCUUGAUUUGGAGAAAGUUGAUAGGGUAGAUACUAGUGGCAAUGUUGGUAGUAUGGUUAACAAGAAGCAGCAACAUCAGAACGUUCAGAGGCAGCAAACGAACUCAGAGAAAAAUGUUCAAUCCAAUUCUUUGCCUCUACCAUUGUCUGUUCCUAGCUGGCCUGGCGGGCUUCCUCCCAUGGGCAGAUAUAUGACACCUCUGCAAGGAGUUGUAUCCAUGGAUGGGACUCCUGUGACAUCUGCAGCAAUACCGCCUCCCCAUCUUCUUUUUAACCAGCCUCGGCCGAAAAGGUGUGCAACCCACUGCUACAUUGCUCGCAAUAUAUUGUGUCACCAGCAAAUUGCGAGGAUGAAUUCAUUCUGGCCAGCAGCAGCAGGUUCUGCAUCACUAUACGGGGCUAAGCCCAGCAAUCUUAAUGUUGUACCCUCCACAGAGUUGCAUGGGAAUGUUCCCGGCAGGGCUGCAAACUCUUCUCAGGACAAAGGGCAUGGUAUUGCCAUGUUUCCAGGACAUAUUGGGAAGGACAAAGCCUCUCAGCCUGCCAUUGUGGAUAAUUCAUCAAGAAAACAAAUUUUGCUUCAGCAAGCUUUACCCCCAGGAGCAGCACCUAGUAAUAUCUUGCAUGGCCCUGCAUUCAUAUUCCCGCUGAAUCAGCAGCAAGCAGCUGCUGCGGCAUCUGUUCGGCCUGGAUCUGUGAAGUCUUUGCCAGUUUCUAGUAAUGGAGCACCCUCCAGUGUCUCCAAUUCAGCCCCGUUGAAUGCUUCUGGCACAGGCACUGUGGCGGUGGCAGCGGCUGCGGCUGCCGCUGCCCCAACGAUGAGCUUCAGCUAUCCAAAUAUGCCUGGCAAUGAAACUCCGUACUUGGCCAUUUUGCAGAAUAAUGCUUACUCAUUUCCAAUACCAGCACAUGUUGGUGGUCCACCUGGCUACCGUGGAACCCCCCAUGCCCAGGCUUUUCCAUUCUUCAAUGGCUCCUUCUAUUCUUCUCAAAUGCUGCAUCCUUCACAGAUUCAGCAGCAGCAACUUCCUGCUCAGUCACAGCAGCAGAAUCAACAGGGCCAUCAAAAUACAAGUAUGUCUAGUGGAUCCUCCUCUUCUCAGAAGCAGCAUGCUCAAAAUCAACAACAAAAGCCUAAUAAUAAUGCUACUGGAUCCAAUGGGGGUGCAAGUUUGCAAGGCUUUCCUGUCACCAAAACCCCACCAUCACAGCCACUGCAGUUGCAACAGCAACAACCGCAGCAGAGGCAGAAUCAUCACACUUCUCAUCCAGCUCGCCAGGUUGAGUCUGAGAUGGGUGGUGAAGACAGUCCAUCUACUGCUGAUAGUCGUCUCGCCCGUGCCACCAUGAAUAUUUAUGGCCAAAAUUUCACAAUGCCUAUGCAGUCGCCAAACUUUGCUCUGAUGACACCUGCCUCAAUUGGUGCAGGAGGCUCCAAUGGCAGUCACAGUGAAAAGAAGCAACCCCAGCAGCACCCUGGUCCAAAGGCUGGAGGUGAAACAGCUCCUGCAUUUGCCAUGUCAUUUGCAUCCAUGAAUGGAGCUACUGGCGCCUCUGGCCUUGACCUCUCAUCUAUUGCACAGAACAACCAUUCAAUCAUGCAGAGUAAUCAUAACUAUCAUAUAAUGGCAGCACAAGCUGCCAGUGCUCAGUUGAAGAAGAGUUAUCAUGCCGCCGAGGAAGGGAAAAGUGUAGUUAAUCCUUCUAAUCUAGACGAAGAUAGAAAAGCAAUAUCUGCUGGAAAAAUUCCGGCAACAAUGGGGCAAUCCAUUGCAUUCGGAAGGCCAGAUGUAUCUGAUCCCUCAUUGGCGUCGUUAUCGGGCGGCAACAAUGUGAUUGAUACCUCGGGCCGUAAUCUAAACCUUGGUUCUGCUUCUUCUCGUGCUUCUGCUUCUGUUAUGCCUGCUGCCAUCAGCACUAAUGCAGCCAGUUCUCAGCAACAAAUGCAGCGAAAUCAGCAGCAGCAAAUUCUUCAGCAUCAGAAGCAGAAUCAAUUUGCAGCUGCAGCUGCAGCAGCCGCCGCGGCGGCCCGCAACAAGACCCCAUCAACUAGCAAUGGCAGUGUUUACUCUGAUAACCUCCCUUCUACAUCUUCAAUGGCUAAUAAGUUUCCCAGUGCUGUAUCCGCAUUCCCUCAAAACCUUGUACAGAGCAGUAACACCGUUGCUCAGUCACCUUCUCAGUGGAAGAACUCUUUAAGGGCAACAACCACUUCACAGUCGCCCCCAUCCAUGGCUUCAACAACACCAUCCUCAUCGGUCAAAAGUCACCCACAGCAGCAGGCUCGUUCCCAGCAACCUCACACCCAAAUAUCUUUCGCAACAAAUCCAAAAUCAUCCGCAGCACAAGUUCAACCUGCAAGUUCCACCCAGUCCCCAUCUCCCCCAGUCAUGGUUGGCUCACCAACAACUUCAUCAAUAUCAAAAAAUACUGGUAGCCCAAGGACAACUUCAGCCUCAACAACCAACAAUAAGAUAAGCCAAAGUUCUUCUUUAUCCUCUCAGCAAGCCAAGAACUCUUCUGCUGUGCCGGCGCGCAAAUCGUCACCUGUUGGCAGCAGGAAUGUGCCGUCAAUACUUAAUGUUCCUCAGCUAACUCCCCCUUCCAGCACUGGGAGUAAAUCCCAACUGCCACAGCAGCAACAGAAGCAGCAGCAGCAAAUACCAAAGCAAGCAUUACCACAGGCCCAGCUUUUCUUCUCUAAUCCUUACAUGCAUCCGCAAUCCAACAGUUCCACAUCCACCACCACAGUUCCAAGUGGUUAUUACCUUCAACAUCAACACCACCACCAACAACAUCAACAGCGGCGUGGCCCUGAGCAGAUGCAGCGGCCAGGCUCUUCCGGCACUUCCCCGGCCGUGAACAAUGUGAAAGGCAGCAGUGCCUUACCUACGCAGGGUCUUUUGCAUCCGGCACAGGUUGCUGCAAUGCAACCCUCUGGGAGCCACCCUCAGUUUGUUCCUACUGGCUUUUCUUAUGCUUCUUAUCAUGUUCAUUCUGUGCCCUCAGUUCAAGUGAAGCCAGCGGAGCAGAAACAACCUGCGGGUGAGUAGAAUGUUAUAAUAUACUUUAUUUGCUGCACCCCUGUGCUUGCGGUUAUCAAAGAAGAAAGGUAUAGCUUGAGUGAAGCAUGCUAAUUGGCAUGGUAUUUUGAAGUGCAAGAUGGGGGGUCCCUCUCAAAUGAUUUGGGGGGGGGGGGGGGGCAUGUUGUUAUGUUGAUGAUGCCGUACGUGGAAAAAGCAAGCAAACUGGAGUAGGUCACGGCCAACGAAGAUAGAGAUGAUUUGGAUUCCUCAAUUUUGGAUGGGAAAUCGACCAGACCAAGAACAUUGAUGUGCCUGAAUUGUGUUUAGUAAUUUGUUUGUACCCUGGUGUUUAUAAAUCUGACAAGGUUGAUCCUGAAGUCUAAUCAAAAUUCGAUUGGUUUUUUCAGAAGGAUGUGGUGGGGGAAAAAAGAUGGAGGAAAGGAAGGGAAAGAACCAUCUUUUCUUCUUUUGGGGAUGUAAUGGAGUUUACCUACAUGUUCUUUCUCCUCAUCUUUUCUUUUUAGUUAUUUUAUUUUGUCUUCUAGGGCUACUAGAGCAGCAGUAAGCAUCUUUUUGACAAAGUCUAUGUGGGAGAAGGAUGAAGUAUGUACGUGUCUGCCUGAUCAUAUAUUAUAGUAACCCUCAAUUUUAUUUUAUUUUUAAUUUAAACAUCAGAAGAUGAUUUCCCUCAUACCCCUUGCCGGUGUCGCCGUGAUGCCCCAUUGGUUUUGUUUUUCUUUGCCCAAGUUCUAGUGAAAAUUUGAGUGGGCGGUGACACAAAUUGCAAUGAGUGUAAAAAGCAAUAGCUUUUUGAGAGAUGGGGACUUCCAUGUGUGGAGUGUGGAAAUUCAAUCAGAGUAAAGACUAGAAACAAAGUGGGGUUUAGAUAAAAAAAAAAUAAAAAAUCAGAAAGGAUCUGAAUUAUUUUUCCAUAUCACUAAUGGUUGGUUUUGCGCAAGGAUGGCGUGGUCCGCGGAUCAUGUGGUAAAAGAUGGCUUCAAAGUUCCUUCCUUCCACCGAGUUAGACAAGUUUGAAUUUCCUUUGCUGAGAUGUGUGCUCUUCACUGUCACCAUCGCACACGUGGCUGAUGGAUUUAUAGCAGAUGUGUAACUAUUCUCUUCUCGGUAUUAUCAUAUAUGGAUUGUUAUCCUAAGCUAAUAGUAUAUGUAUCAUUAUAAAAUCAUAUUAAAUAGCGUGUGUGUUGGUGGUACUUGGUAGGGUAGGCUCUUUUUCCUUCCUCGUAAUAGGAGCAAAUUGCCUUCCAUGUUUGCCCUUGUAGAGGUCCCCACCAUGAGACAGAACCUUGGCCCACUCAAGCAAUCACAGCGUUUAGAACCAAACUUAAAGCAGCAACACAUUGCGGGUCCUGACAUCCCACCUGUGACGAUGUGAAAAACUUUGCUCUUGUCUCUACGUGAUACACGUGUAUCCAAUGCCUUUAUAUUUUCUUUUUAUUUCUCAAAGUAACAAUGUUCCAAA